AUGGAAAUGCCAGAGGAUGGGGACUGGGGGACGGGGACGGGGCUGGAGGAGAUUUUUGCUGCGGCACGCCCUCAACCACAAUCCUUCCGAAUUUGUAGUUCGAUCCUAUAUCACCGCAAAUUCCCAAAAAUGUACGUGCUCUAUCAGGAAGACUGGUCGUCUUCUGGAAUCCCCGAUGCUAUUGCUCCCAGUUCCAGCCCGAGAGAUUAUCGAUCUGCUGCGCAGCUGGGCCACACACUGCACAGUCGCUCAGACCUUUUCCUUGCGUUGCCUCUCUAA